UCGUGUGGUGCAGUGAAUAAGGAGAAUCGCCGCCUGGUCUUCACAGGGUUAAAUUUCACUUUGAGGGGGAGUUACCGAAUCUGCAGUAACAUCAGCGCACUUUCCUCAGAGCUGCCAACAUCCCAGGAAUAAGACCUUCACCGUCAACAUCUCAGAGCCAGAUCCCGGGAAUAUAUAUUGCACUACCGGGCACGCGUCGACUCUGUUGGCAAGCCGCGUUUUCUCUGCCGGCUCGGAGUAUGCGAGCUCCAGGAUCCACUCAAUGUCUUAACUGCGGGCACCGCUGAGCAUGGUCCACUGCUGAGUUGAGCUGUGGUGCACACACUGCAGAGAGGAGAGCAAGAGUGCUUCAACUGAUCCUGUCUUCACACUUUUUUGCACAAGGCUGGCCUCCAAACAUGUCUGCAGAAGUGGAAACCAGCACACCCCCGGUCGAGCAGGCACCUUUUAAGACACCCUCCAAAAAAGAAAAGAAGAAGGCUGCAGCAAGCCCAGAGAAAACAGAUGAGUUCCUCUUAGCCAGGUUCAAAGGUAAUGGAGUUCGCUACAAAGCCAAGUUGAUUGGUGUAGAUGAUGUGCCUGAAGCAAGAGGAGACAAGAUGAGCCAAGACUCCAUGAUGAAACUGAAGGGCAAGGCAGUGGCUGCCCGCUCUCAGGGCAAACACAAGCAGAGAGUCUGGGUGAACAUUUCUCUCUCAGGAAUCACUGUUACUGACGAGAAAACAGGGGCAGCAAUACUGGAGCAUGCAGUAAAUAAGAUCUCCUUCAUCGCUCGGGAUGUCACUGACAGCAGAGCAUUUGGCUAUGUGUGCGGCGCAGAGGGCCAGCACCAGUUCUUCGCCAUUAAAACUGCACAGCAGGCAGAGCCUCUUGUCAUUGACCUGAAGGAUCUUUUCCAGUUAAUCUUCAACAUGAAGAAAAAAGAAGUGGAGGGCUCAAAGAAGGACGAAAACAAUAAAGUGAUGGAGAAUGGCAGCGAAGGCUCACACAAUGACAGAAAAGGAAUUGAACAGCUGGACUUGUUUGGAGACAUGUCAACCCCACCUGACUUAAACUCUCCCUCGGAGUCAGAGGACAUCCUAUUGAUGGAUCUGUCCACUGAGAUAGACAGCAAUCAGAACUGUGUUAAAGGAAACCCCUUCACCUCACCUUCUGUCUGCAGAGCCCCAUCCAGCCUCUCGCCUGAGAACCCCUUCUCUUCUCAAAUCAAUUUCUUCCCCACCCCUAUCCAUGACCCGUUCAGUGAUGACCCAUUUUCCAAAAGCGACGACCAAUCAAUCAGGGACGACUCUGCCCCAGCCAACCACAGCCCUAAUAACUUGUUCAAUGGUGGCCCUAAGAAUGGUGACUCUGACUACUUAGGCCAGCAGUUUGACCAACUCUCCAGCAGGACAGUCAUCCAUGCUCUCAGUAAUGGCCACUGGCCUGUAGAUGACAGAUCUGCAGAAGCCACUAGCUGGUCUCAGAAUACUGUCCCAGUUCAAGAGCAGAACGGACAUGGGAAAGUGAUUCCUAAUCCGUUUGUGGGAGGUCCGGAGAAGAUGCAGCCAGUGCAGAAUGGAGUGAAUCAUGAGAAUGGAGGAAUAGAGUCACCUGUCAAUCAAACCAAGGAUUCAGUCAUUAUAAGCCCUCCACCACUCAACAUGAAAGCCGGGAGGGGCAGGAGGAGUGUAAAGUCCCCUUCCAAUGAAAAGCUCGAGACGGAUCCAUUUGUUUCACAGAGCCAGUCGGAAUCACCACCUCCUCAACCUGAGAACUGCCCUGUCAACUCUGUCAGUCUGUUCAUCCGGAGCCCUUCCUCCACUGACACACUCACAGCUCUUGAAGGUUUGUCUCUACAAGCUCCAACUGCAGUCUCCACUCCUGGAGCGGCUCUGUGGAAUCAGCCCCUCUCCUCCAUCUUCCCCAGCACCACCAGUGUCUCUCAGCCCUUCACUCAAGCCCCUGUCUUCUCCACUUCUCCUGUGCCUGCCUGGGGAAACAUUCCUGGAAGUAUAGGAACUUCAAAUGCUACCCAACAGCUUCCAUCAUGGACCACCACCCCAGUCUCCAAUGGAACCAAUGGGUCCUGGACCCCUCAUUCAACCCUGGGGAACCCCUUCCAGACCAGCGUAUUUCCACCCAGCCUUGUGCCCGAUGGACAGCAGAGCUCCAGUCCCCCUCCACUGGUUCCACCUCGGGCAGUAGCUACCAAAGACGCUCCAAAGGUGGACAGUAAUGCUUUUGUUGACCUGGAUCCUCUAGGAGAAAAGGAGAAGAGAGAUAUAAAGGACAUGUUUAAGGAUUUCCAGAUGGCUAAGCCACCAAACGUGCCAGCAAGGAAAGAGCCACUGAAGAUUGGAGGACAGAACCCAAUCGACAACUCCUUUGGAAAAAAUCUGUUUGACACAUCUGUACCUGCAACUAGUGCUCCUCCCAUAAAGACAGUGGACUUAGAUUCUUUCAGAGAACCAUUUGGAAACCCAUUUGCAUGAUAGCCGGCCACCUUGAUGACUCCAUAGGUUCCAAGUCAAACAAAAAUCACUGAACAAGAUUGAAUUCCACCCCAGAUGUUUCAGCUUUAUAAUGUUGUGGUUGAGCUAAUAGAUACACGACCACCAUUUUUAUGUAUCUUUCCCACUAAAGUGCAUCCUGUUCAAGAGCAGGUCUCUUAGCUCUGAUGUCACAGCCAGUGUCUGACAACCAAAUGAAGUGUGUGCACCCCUCCUAGUUUUAUAAACCACAAUCAUGGACAGGCUAAAAAUAAACCAUCAUCCAGUGCUGGUCUGCUGUUAAAACAUGAUUAAAGCAAACAAACAUGAAUUUGAGUGCAUUGUGUCUCUAAAUGACAACAUGAUGAGGGUGGUUUUACUUUCUGUACUAAAAGCACUCAAAAGCAAAUUUGUUAUUUUCACACCAGUAGACAAGUAAUUGCUGUCUUGUCUGAUGAUUUUUCUUCAUUGCAGUAUUAUUUUGACAUUAUAUGUUUACUUUUCCACAUUUAUGAACAGCUUUAAGGCAUGACUGGUCACUACUGGCAUAUAAACUGAAUAAGAUUACAGAGUUUUUUAAAUAUUAAAUGUCCAAACACAAAACGACACGAUGGACAGCAGAGAGAAAGUGUGUAUAAUAUCAAUAAUGAUGCUCUGAUAUGAUAACUGUGCAAUCACCAUCUAAUGAUCUGCUCUAUACUGGUCACAUGAUACAUAGUGUUCUGGCCUGUUCAUUAUAAAGAGCAACUGACUCUAAUCAACCUGUUUUUGAACUGUAUCCCUUGCAAGAUGUUAUUUACUUAGAUCUGUAUUCAGUGUUCUGUUAUUUGUUAGGUGGUCAGCUUGCGACAUUCACUUAUAUAUACAGUAUAUACUGUCAUUAUGUCAAAAUUGUUGAUUUGACAUUGUAUUUAAUGAAUAAUCUUACAUUGCUACUACUGGCAUGUUGUCAGUGGUACUGCAACUAUAAACAGUCAAAAAUCAUAUCUAUCCAUAGAAUUGGAGGAUGAUGCCUGUAUGAAUUUUAGGCAAUAUUAUUUAAGCAUGUUGUUUUGCGUGUAACGUGAUGAUUCAGAAUGUUUCAGGUAAUAUUUGAGAAAACAUAUUGAUAUGUCUGACUGAUCAAUGAUAUGUUACUACACUGCUCUUUAUUUUUAGUGGUUGCCACCUGACAAAUUAAGUUGAAAAAACAUAUUGCGAGGCUUAAAAGUGCAACAGACAUGCAUUAAUCUCUAAAUUAAUGGUUUAGCAAAAAUAAAAUGUGUACUGUACUGCCUGUACUGGAUGCUAAAACCUCGUCAGAAUGGACUAUAUGAAUAAAUAUCUGCUCUGUUAUGCACUA